AUGCUUUAAUUGAAAGUUCUGAAUGAUCCAUGAAUAACUAGUCCUGUGUUAUUUGACUUUAUCUUUAAAUGAGUUGGAAAAACGAAACGUCAGUCACAGAAUUUUGGCUCCUUGGCUUUCAGAAUUUUCACAACCUGAAAAUUCCCCUUUUUAUUAUUUUCUUAGCAAUCUAUGUUUCCAUAUUAACCGGCAACCUGUUGAUCAUAGCUUUAGUGUUGGUGUCCAGAAACUUGAACACUCCUAUGUACUUUUUCUUAUCUAACCUCUCAUCAUCAGAUAUCAUUCUCACUACUGUUGUCUUUCCAACCAUGUUAUUGGUCUUGUUGAAAAAUGGGGAAUCCAUUACUUUUUCUGGCUGCAUUACUCAACUUUACCUGUUUGGUUCUUCUGCGAUUACUGAGUGCUUUCUACUCACUGUGAUGUCCUAUGACCGAUACCUUGCUAUCUGUAACCCUCUUCGCUACCUUCUCAUAAUGAACCAGAAGCUCCAGGUUCUUCUGGUAGCUUGGUCCUGGGUGUUUGCUUUUCUUCUGACCAUGAUAACAGUCAGCCAAAUGUGCCAACUCCAAUUCUGUGGUCCCAAUGUCAUUGACCAUUUCUUCUGUGAUCCCACCCCACUUCUGGAACUUUCCUGCUCUGAUACUUCAGUGAUUCAACUUGAGAACCUAAUCUUGGGUCUACCUGUUACACUUUUUCCUCUUGGUUUCAUAACUGUGACUUAUGCCUACAUACUUAUUACCAUCCUGAAGAUCACAUCUUCUUCCGGUAGAAAAAAGGCCUUCUCCACCUGUAGUUCCCAUCUGACAGUGGUUUGCAUCUAUUAUGGGACAUUAAUAAUGCUUUAUGUUAUUCCAUCUAAAGGUCUGUCAGUUAAUCUGACCAAAGUACAGUCUCUUCUGUAUACUGUGGUGACCCCACUUUUCAAUCCCAUAAUAUAUAGUUUAAGAAAUCAUGAGAUCCAAAUAGGGAUUAAACGGAUAAUAUACCGUACAUAAAGAAAUUAUGUGGAGUUAAUUUUAUGUUCCUGUAUUAUGACUCUGAUGUUUA